AUGAAGUUUACAUCAAAUCUCCGCAACAAUAUCGCCGAGUCCUUCCGGACCGACCCGAGUAUCAACAGGGUCAAGGGCUGGGUUGAGCCUGUCCGUCGCCGCUUGCCCUCAGCCACUGCGGAAUAUAUCGCUGAAAAGCUUCCCGCAGCUCAAUGGCUGCCGCAUUACAACUACAAAUGGCUCCUGCAAGAUGUAAUUGGCGGCAUUACGAUUGGUGUAAUGCUCAUUCCGCAGGGCCUCGCAUAUGCCAAGAUUGCCAAUAUUCCCGUCGAGCAUGGACUCUACUCUAGUUGGUUGCCCUCGGCUCUCUACUUUUUCCUCGGUACAUCCAAAGAGUUGUCCUCUGGUCCCACGUCGAUUCUGGGUCUCUUUACGGCCGAAGCUGUCGCGGACCUGUCCAAGCAUGGCUAUGCUCCCGCCGACAUAGCAUCUGCACUGGCCUUUUUGGUUGGUGUCUUUGCAUUGGCCAUGGGAUUGCUCAAACUCGGAUUCCUGCUCGACUUUGUGUCUGGUCCAGUCUUGACUGGCUGGAUCUCUGCCGUGGCAUUCGUAAUUGGUCUUGGUCAAGUGGGCUCCCUCGUUGGCAUUGAGACAGGAUCCGGCACCGUUACCAUCUUCAGUGAUAUCUUGCGCCACUUGAACAAAAUCAAGCCUCUUACCUUGUGUAUUGGAUUGACAGGAAUUGCAAUGCUCUAUGCGCUGGAAUGGGUAGGCAAGCUCUGGGGUAAAAAGAGCAAGUGGCUCAAGUUUAUGAGCACCAGCCGUGCCGUCGUCGUUCUCGUCAUCUACACUCUCAUCUCGUUUCUUGUCAACAAGGACCUCAGCCCUAAGCAAUACAAAUGGAAAGUCACUCAAGUCAAUACACACGGACUGCUCACACCACACACCCAUGAUAGCUCGCUCAUCCAAAAGAUUGCCGCCAAGUCCAUUGCUCCACUCAUCGCCAUGGCUGUUGAACACCUCGGCGUUGGAAAGGCAUUUGGUCUACGCAACAACUAUAGCAUUGACAAGAGUCAGGAGUUGGUGUUUCUCGGGGCCUCCAACAUUGCCAACAGCUUCUUCGGUGCCCAGCCGUGUGGCGGUGCCAUGUCACGAACUGCGGUCAAUUCGGAAUGCGGCGUCAAGAGCCCGGUCAACUUUUUGUUCACGGCCGGUUUCAUUAUCCUGACACUAUAUGAGCUUGCUCCUGCAUUGUACUGGAUCCCCAAAGCGACUCUGUCCGCCAUUAUUAUUAUGGCCGUAGCUCAUCUUGUUUCUUCUCCUCGGCUCUUCUAUCGCUAUUGGAGAAUGUCCUUCAUUGACUUUAUCGCUUCGAUGCUCGGAUUCUGGGUCACCUUGUUCACCACGACGGAAAUUGGUCUUGCCGUUGCCGUUGGAUUCAACAUUGUCUACACAUUGAUCCGCCUCGCGUUCCCAAAGUGGACUGGUCUAUCUCACAAGGAUACCGAGACUAUUCACUGGUCUCCACCAAAGCACCACCAACUGAGUGACGGCAUUGAUGUUCCUGCUGAAGCAUAUCUGGUUCGAUUUACCGAAGAUUUGUUGUUCCCCAACGCAGAACGUGUCAAGAACUCCAUCGUCGAGUCGGUCAAGAUCCAGUUUGAGCCCGCCGCCUCUGCUGCCCACGACAUCCUCUCCCAAAACAGGGCCUGGAAUGUGGCCAGUUCUAAACGCAUCGAGAAAAUUCGGCGCAGGAAGAAUAUCAUUCCACUCAAAUGCGACGUUGUGCCUUUGCACCAUGUGGUGCUCGACUUUACAAUGGUCGGGUUCAUCGACGUUACGGGGCUGCUCUCAUUGAUUGAGCUAAAGAUGGAGCUUCGACGCUACAUUGGUGCAAAUCUACAAUUCAGGUUCAUUAACAUGGUCGACGAGGUUCACGAGCGGUUCACAAGGUCCGAAUGGCAAUUUGCCCGACAGGGAGAGCAGAGGACUGGGGAAGCAGAUACCAUCUACAAUUCACUCGAGGCGGCAUUAUUCCACCGCGAGGGCGACGAAAAGUCUGAUGGCGUAUCAGAAAAGGCAUUGGACGUGUGA